UACGCGCAGACACACACACGGACAUCUGUCUGUCUGCUCCUCUUUCCGACAUGGGACACUGCUAACCACUCUGCCAACAUGGAGGAGAGUGUGGAUGUGACAGCUCUGCGGGCUCGCUUCAGCGCUCCAGCCCCUAGCAGCAGUCAGGACAGUGAGAGCCUCAAGUUAGCACGCCGUUCCCUGCUCACACCCUUUAGCCCCAUCAGAGACACUAACACCCCCCCUUUGAACAGACUGUCCCCUACGACUCCAGAACUUGCCAGAACCACAUCCCCUAGUGCACCCCGACAGGCCAGAGCCACGCCCCCUACUGCCCCAACCCAUCUUAGAGCCACACCUUCUUCUGCUCCAGGGCAUCUCAGAGCCACGCCCUCUACAGCACUUGGUCUUCCCAGAGCCACACCCUUUACUGCUCCAGAACUCAGGUCCCAGCCUGGGCCACUCCGAGCCCCCACCCCCCCUGUGGAUACUAACAAAGUGCGUCAAACAGGAGAGCUGCUGCAGAACAUGAUGCUGCGGCACCAAAGGCCCCCAGGGCCCAGACUGUCGCCAGUGCCCGUCCUGUUCUCAGCACCCUCUGUCCCUCACACCCCUGCCUCUGCCAGACCCCUGCCCAGACCGAGGAGCACAGACGAUGUGCCCCCCCUCAGGAGACCCCUGCCUACUCUGGCCCCUGCACCGCCCAAACCUAAACGACCUGCUCAUGUGAACAUAAACCAGUGGAGGUCCUCAAAAGGAGUGCCCCCUAGAGGACUACCAGCACCUACAGGACCUCGGGUUUCUUCAGUGUCUCCUCUCCCAGGGGCUCGACUUGUUCCUGUCCCAGCUCCCACAGGACCCCCCAGACUUCCACAGAGGGACAACAAACCAGGACGACUUCCCAGGCAGACCACUACUGUGGACAUUGAUGACGACCAGGAGACAUAUGAUGACAUCGGGAGCCUGGAGAAGAACGACUCCUGGAGUGACUCAGGCUCACAGAGCAAAGAGGAGAAUGAAGAUAUCUACGAGGACAUAAACGAAAAUCAAAACGAAACCAUCCAAAUGGUUCCUGAGGUGAAACUAAACCAGAAGGACGUGAGGAGGCAGCAGGAGCAGGAGAAGAAGGAGCAGCAGGAGCGGCAGAGGAGAGAGGAGCAGCUCCGAAAAAACUUCCAGCUGCAGUUUCCUGUGGAGGUGCUGCACACAGCCAGUGUGAGGCAGGACUGGAGCGGGGGCAGUAAACUGGACCUGAGUGUGAGACAGGGGGACAAAGUGGACAUCAUCAGAGUCAAGAACAACCCCGAGGGGAAGUGGUUAGCACGCUUACCCCCCAGCAACUACGGCUACAUCAGUAACACAUGUGUGGACAUUGACUAUGAGGCCAUCAAGCGCAGAGCCACUCAGCUCAGGAGGAUGGACCGUUAUGAGGGAGAGCUGCCACCCCCUCCCCCUGACCCGCCUGGAAUUAGCCAGCGCAGCCAUCUGCCUGACAGUGAACCUGAUGAUGACGAUAACUAUGAUGAUGUGGACUUUCCUCCUCCACCAAUUGAGUUCAACAUUGACCCAAAGAUCGAGAAGGAGCUCAAGAAAAAGUUUAAGUUUGAGGGCCCGCUGAAGGUGCUGCAGACCAUGAUGGUGGACCCCAAUGCUCUCCUGAAGAAACCAGGACCCAAACACCUGAGUGUGUCCCCUGGAGACGUCCUGGACGUCCUCCAGCUGCACAGCAAGAAGGCCCUGUGUCGAGACAAGUUUGGAAGAUUUGGUUAUGUGAACAAGUCUCAUCUUCUGCCACUUGAGGGGGACAUUUAUGACGAUGUAGAAUAUCCCAGCGAUGUGUACGACAAUGACAAUGUGGACAAUUGACAAACAACCGCCACAAAAAUAAUGACAUGAAAAAAAUGUUGUUUCAUUCAAACUAAAGCUAAACUGUGGAGCAUUAUUACAUGGAAAUACAGUUGAAACCACAAGUUUACAUAUAUAUAUAA